AUGUCAAGAAGAGGCUUACGAGAUGAAGAAAUCGAACGAUUAUUGUGUGAAAUUCCAUCAGACGAGGAUUCCACUGUUGACACCACAGAUGACGAAUCUGAUUAUGAAGCAAGCAUUGUUGCGGAGGCUAUUGUGUCGUCUGAAGGCGAAGUUUCAGAGAGCGAGGAAGAAAGUGAGUCCACUCCGCCAAAACGCGCUGCUGACACAGCGCCAACUUGGGGACAACAAUUCAAUGCUACCUCAGGAAUGCAGUUCGACAGUGAAUCAGGACCAAGUGCUUUUAUUAGGGACAUUGAUGAUCCAGAACCUAUCGAUAUAUUCGAAAAAAUAUUUCCAAAAGAGCUAGUUCAGCUAAUCGUUUUCCAAACAAAUUUAUAUGCGACGCAAUCUGGCAAGUCUUUCACUCCAACAACUGACAAUGAAAUACGAACUUUCCUGGGAAUCAACAUUUUGAUGGGUAUAAAGCGUAUGCCAGCAUACAGAGACUACUGGUCUAGUGCCCCAGAACUUCAUGAUCGUUAUAUUGCAUCUCUGAUGGCAGUAAAUCGGUUUGGAUGGUUACUGAGGAACAUUCAUCUGAAUGAUAACACAUUGCAUCCAGAAAAAGGACACCCAGGUUAUGACAAACUGUACAAGCUGCGACCAGUGAUCAAGAUACUAUCUGAAUCUUUUUCCAAGUGUUACCAACCCAGCAAACACCUAGCAAUUGAUGAGUCAAUGAUCAAAUUCAAAGGCCGCAACAGUAUGAAACAAUACAUGAGAGAUAAACCCAUAAAGCGUGGUUACAAAGUGUGGAUGCUGUGUGACAAGACCUCUUACAACUUGAAAUUUGAUAUUUACACCGGAAAA